CGUUACAUCCAACAGUGACUGGAGGAGAGCAAGUUACGCAAGGGGCUGUCGAGAUUGAGCAGCUAUUCGUUCAUUUCGCCCCAAAGAAGCAGAGAACUACUGAAGACAAUGGCUGACGCUGCACCUGCGCCCGCUGGAGAACGUGGAGGAUUUGGCCGUGGCCGUGGUGGCCGCGGUGGCCGUGGUCGCGGCCGUGGUCGCGGCCGUGGUCGUGAGGAGUCCAAGGAGUGGGUGCCCGUCACCAAGCUCGGACGCCUGGUAAAGGAGGGCAAGAUCGGCUUGCUCGAGGAGAUCUACCUCUUCUCGCUGCCCAUCAAGGAGUGCGAGAUCGUCAACUACUUCCUGGAAUCGUCGCUCAAGGACGAGGUCAUGAAGAUCAUGCCCGUGCAGAAGCAGACCACGGCCGGUCAGCGUACGCGCUUCAAGGCCUUCGUGGCUGUGGGUGACAGCAACGGCCACAUCGGUCUUGGUGUCAAGUGCGCCAAGGAAGUUGCCACCGCCAUCCGUGGCGCCAUCAUCCUGGCCAAGAUCUCGCUUGUGCCCGUGCGUCGUGGCUACUGGGGCCGUAUGGUCGGUGCCCCGCACACCGUGCCCAACAAGGUGACGGGCAAGUGCGGUUCCGUCCGCGUGCGUCUCAUCCCGGCUCCCCGUGGUACCGGUCUGUGUGCCGCCCCCGUGCCCAAGAAGCUUCUGGGUAUGGCCGGUAUUGAGGAUUGCUACACCUCGGCCCGUGGCCACACGCGUACCCUGGGUAACUUCGUCAAGGCUACCUUCUACGCUCUGCGUGCCACGUACGCGUACCUGACCCCGGACCUCUGGGAGCAGCACACGUUCGGCCCUUCGCCGUACCAGGAGCACACUGACUUCCUGGCCAAGACCGCCAUCAAGAAGUAAGGCGCUUUUCUGGUGCUGAAGUCUGCUCGGCAGUAAACUCUGUUUUGGUCAAGCACAAGGACGAUUUGUGAAGCGUAAGUUGGUUUAGCGAGGGAGGAAAGCGUGGAUCUGAAGCGCUACGGUGCGACGGUGUCGACCUCCUUCAUUUGUAGUGAUAGUGGCUCGGGGAGAGCGUCGGGGCGACGCUACGGUGCGUAGGUGUCGACCUUGAGUGACUUCAAUACAAAGAAAGCGAUUACGUCUUCUACUAGAUUCUCCUUUUCUAUUCGUAACAUUGUGCAAAUUGACUUCGUAACAUUACGAUGCAAGCC